AUGCGCGUCCUUGCUGUAGCUUUGCAGCGUAAAGAAACUAGCCGACAGUUGCCUGGUAUGGACCUUUGCAUAGUGCGAGCUCUCUACCGUGCUAGAGAGACUGCCUCCGACCAUAAGAUUUCUGGCGCCAUAAACACCAUUGUCUCACGCUUCAUGAGAGAAGGCCUGCCAAUUACACGAUACUUUCUGGCCGUUGGUAUCAAAUUUGCUGCUCGAUCUCGUAGCUUGCCCGGCAUGAAGCGAUACCUGAAGCUGUAUCAAGACCUCGGUCUCCCCAUGGCGAGAAACUUGUUCCGAGCUAUCAUCGCAAAGUGUAGCGUCGGCAGUAAUGGCUAUGGUGAGAUCCGAAAUGGGAGGUGGUCACGCCGUGAUUUGCUACAAGUUCUUCUCGGCUUCGAAGAUACUCCCAGGGAAGAUCAGCAUCACCUGGGUCUGUUUCUCGACAGAACUGAGUGGACUCAAUUGUAUGGAUGGCUCGUCGUAUUAUCCCGUUGCAAGGCACCAGACGAGAUCUGGAAGGAGUGGAUACUCUGGCAGGACAGCCCCAUACGGUUGAAGUCAGGCAAACCAGAUUCACUACUGACAGACACCAAGCUCAGAGGCGAUUAUAGUUUCAUUGAAAUGAUGGCCGAUACAGGAGACACGCGUCGAGCUUGGGAGAUGCUUCGAGACAGUGGUAUCCCCUUCAAGCAGUGUCGAACUCGUACACGACGUGCUCUCCUUCGCGACUUACAGCAUGCGACCAUGUGGGACGAUCAGAUACCGAUUGACCUGCUUGAGCAGUAUGAUGUCGAGUUGAAGAAGAUUGAGACCGCUUUGGGCAUGGAAUGGAUCAGCCUUCAUGAUGACCAGGGCUACCACAGGCCCACAGACUCUCUGCAACAGUGUCUCGAAUCGCUCUCGUCUCCCGUCUUCAAGCUCGAGCCAGACUACGGCUAUCCCUACGAUGCCAGUCCAGAAGAGAUCAAGAAACAACAAGAGGCGAUGAUGCUACAUGCCGAAGAUGCGGGGCUCUGCAUUCCCAAAACUCGCCGCAAGAGCACAAUUAGCGAGCACGACCCAACAACCUGA